AUGUCUGAGGAACAUAUUGUUAGAUACCAACAUGGGGGUACACUUGUGAGAGAAGGAAUGCCACAAUACAAUGGUCGUAAAAUUGAUGCCUUUGGUGUUGACCCUGACAAACUGUGCUACUGGGACCUGUUGGGAGACCUUCAAGUGUUAGGGGGCCUCACUGAACACCUUCACAAGCACCUUAUAGUGGAUGUGUAUGUUGAGAAAAUAGAUGCAGAAAGGAAUGAAGCUAGGGAGAAGGUCAGAAAUUAUGUUGAGUUGAAGAAGAGCUUCCAAAAUGAUGUCAACAAUAAAGAUGAUGCAGGCCAAGCAGUAAAUGCAGACAAUGAAGUUGGUGCUGGGAGUAAUUCUAGGAGUAUUUCUGAAUUUGGGAAAGUUGGUGGAUAUGAAAUGAAGCACUAUGUCUCUCAGCAUACUUGUCUCCUUGGAGCUACCAGAAAUAAAAGAGUGACAGCUCCAGUUGUUGCUAAGAGGUAUGGAGAAUUGAUCUCUGGGAUGUCAUUUGUUACACCUAGGCAUUUAAGGUCUCUAGUUAGAAAGGAUAUGGGUGUCUUCAUCACCAACAAGGUAUGCUGGUAUGCAAAAGGGUUGGUUAUUAAGAGAAUGGAAGAACAAUUCUGGGAGGAAUUUAGGGUAUUAAAUAAUUAUGCCCUUGAAUUAAAGGCCACAAACCCAGGAAACAAUGUCAUUGUUCUAUCUCAAAGGUUGAAGCAAUAUCAGUUGCCCACAUUCCAGAAGAUGUACAUAUGUCUAACAGCUGCAAGAGAAGGUUUUAUUGGUGGGUGCAGGAAGAUUAUAGGAGUUGAUGGUUGUUUCUUGAAGGGGCUGCUAAAGGGAAAAUUGCUUGUAGCUGUUGGGAGGGAUGGGAACAACCAAAUGUUCCCUGUGGCAUGGGCAGUGGUGCAGAUAGAGACAACUGAAUCUUGGACUUGGUUUUUCGAGCAGCUCAAGGAAGACCUCUGCAUUGGAGAUGGACUUAGGUGGGCAUUGAUCAGAUGUGUACAAGACACAUCUAUGCAAGAUGGGGUAAGAAGCACCAAGGCAAAGAGUUCCAGCUUAGGUUCUAGAAUGUGGCCUGGUCAACCAAAAAUGCAAAAAAACCUAGAUGUGAUGUCUGCAAUGAAUGGAGAAGAAGAAGCUGCGAAGGAGUUAUUGGAGAACUGGCCUAUCACAGACAACAACAUGUGUGAAACAUUCAAUGGAGUGGUGCUAGAUGCUAGGAGUAAACCAAUAAUAAUCAUGCUAGAAGACAUUAGACAGUAUGUUAUGACUAGAUUGGCUGUUAAGAGGGAUCAUAUGGUGAAAUGGAAGUGUGAAUAUGGACCAAAUAUAGUUACCAAGCUAGAGAAGGAAAGGAAAAAGUGUGGUAAGUGGCAUAUUGAAUGGAAUGGAGGGUCUAGACAUGAAGUGUACUGGGAUAACUUAAUCUUGCAUGUCAGGGAGGCUUAUGUUGUCACAUUGGCAGAGCAUGUGUGCUCUUGUGGGAAAUGGAGUAAAUCUGGCAUUCCCUGUUAG